ACAGACAGAAGCCUUAAAGCCUCCACAGCAGUCUCAGCUACUCAGCUGAACCUUUACAGUCCAGACACAGUCUAACCUUUUCUAAAUUGUUUGCUUUCAAGGUUUGCAAUUCUUUAUUUGCUUUUGUUUUGUUUUUGUUUUUUCAUUUCAAAGUGCCAGAAAGUCCUACAAUACAAAAUGCUUCCCGCAACUUUCAAACUGUGCGCUGGCAUCUCCUAUCGGCACAUGAGGAACAUGACAGGUCUGAGAAGAAAUGCCUUGGCAGCCAUCCAUUAUGAGCUGAACAGGCUGGCGGGCCCAGGUCCCAGUAACUGGAUCAGCCAGGUCCGUCGACGAAGCUCUCUCCUCAGUUCUCGGAUUCAGGAAGAGGAGGGAUACAACGAGGAAGAGAUAUCAUAUGUGAAGCAAGGUGAGGAUGCACUGCAGAAAGCCAUCAGCAUCCUCAGCGAGCAGGACGGCUGGACCGUGGAAACUGUCGCUGCAAACGGAGAUAAGGUUCUGAGCAAAGUCUUGCCAGACAUUGGGAAGGUGUUCAAACUGGAAGUGGUGCUGGAGCAACGUCCUGACAACCUUUAUGAAGAGCUGGUGGAAAAAAUGGAGCUAAUGGGAGAGUGGAACCCCAACGUCAAACAAGUCAAAAUCCUUCAAAAGAUCGGACAGGACACCAUGGUUACCCACGAAGUGUCUGCAGAGACGCCAGGCAACGUAGUGGGACCGAGGGACUUUGUGAGUGUCCGCUGUGCCAAACGUCGAGGCUCCACCUGCUUCCUGGCCGGAAUGUCUACUCAGCACCCACAAAUGCCUGAGCAGAAAGGCGUAAUCAGAGCCGAGAACGGGCCUACCUGUAUAGUGAUGAAGCCUUGUGCUGAAGACCCAAAUAAGACUAAGUUCACCUGGUUACUGAGUCUAGAUCUGAAGGGCUGGAUCCCAAAGACAAUCAUAAACAAAGUGCUCUCUCAGACGCAGGUGGACUUUGCCAACCACCUCAGAAACAGAAUGGCCAAUAACGAUUCCAUGGAGAUGGCUCACGCCUGCUGACACAAGAUGUCCUUUGAGUCAGCAGAGAGGGAAACCUCUGCUCGUCAGAAUUCUCAUUCUAAAUCUGCUUAGAGACAGUAAAAAAGUAGAAACUCCAGGAAGUUUUAACAAGAUCCCGGGAAUACUGUGCUUUUCUGAAAUCUUGAGAAAAUCUCAGCAAUUUUGAUGAAACAGAUAAUGAGUAAUAAUAGAUCAGCACAACACCAUCGCCGAUGAGACUUGCACCUAAGAAUUUCAAAAAAGAAAUUAUUUUAGCCUACAUAUGUGCACUGUGUGCACUUUUCCCUGUUACUGGUAGUUGCCAAGUAGUGAAGAGAGUUUUGAUAUACGCCCUCGUCAAAAUUUGUGACAUUUUCAAUGUCCAUUUAAAAACACAGUUUAGAUAUGCCCAGAUAUGUCUUCAGACUUUUUGCACUUAACAUUUAAUGGACUUUACAUUUAAAGAAUGCAAGCACUAAGGAGGAGUGCCCUAAAUGAAAUACAGCCUAUUGACUGUUGUUCUUAAUAGCUGCUAUACUCAAUAUGUGUCAUACUGUGUUGAUUUUAAGUCUUACCCAGUGUUUAGCACUUGGAUCAUACAUUUCUGUUGAAAGAAUUUGAGGCUCCCGACAGUCACAUAAUUUACCUCCUUACAAAAUACAUGUAGUUUAUUUCUUUACAAACCCAACUAUCAUCCCUCGUUGACGAGUCUCUUUCAAUAUCGACCUAAUUAUCUUUCCUUGCCCCUGUUGUGGAAUUGCACUUUUAUUUAUUGAUUUUGCAUAGCUGCAUGACAUUACAGCAACUGCUGUGUGUCACUGAUAUUUAUGCUUUCAGAGAAGAAGUUUAAAAAAAAAUGAUUGUAUUGUGUUAUAUUAGAACUGGAAUAAAAUCUUGUUGAACAUG